AUGCCCGACACAGAUCCGGACCACGACGAUCUCUCAAUGGACUUCGAGGGUCGAUCUGAUGAAGACUAUGAUACGGAUGAGUAUGAUGGCGACAGCGACUCCGACAUUUCCGUCGACGAAGACCAAUCCGACGAAGAUACAGGCGAGAACUACGUGACCCGAGAGGAUAUGUCUUUUCCGCGCCCCUUCCCUCCCGAGGUGAUGGACCUCAUCAUUGACGAGACGUCGUGGGCCAAGCACCUCUUUGCGACCAUCGUCCUCGAACGUAUAAGAGACUUUUUCGCCCUCCGAGCAACCCUCGCAGCUUCUCCGCAUCUCACACGCCACGUCAAGACCGUCUUUGUUUAUAACGAUUUCGUAUGCGCAGCGGGGCGAAUCGAUCCGGCCUUUUUUAAGCGUACUACGGAAGCGUUACGCGACAUAUUCCGAGCAUGCAGCAACAUCGAACAAAUCACGGCCAUGCACAGUAAGGGUGACUUUGCCGACUUCCCUGGCCCGUGUCUCUGGGACCCUCAUACGCUCUUCCCGCGACUUCAUCGCCUCACCAUCAAGGACUGCGCGCUAUAUUGCUACGACGACUUGGCAAGAAUGCUAGCUCGCAUGCCAUCCCUGCAGGAUCUGCGGUUGACCAGGACCUGGGUCCACUUCUCCCCCGAACGCGACGAGACGGUCGCGGAGCGAGAACACGCGCUUUGGGCUGAUUCGUCACACCGUUUACGGCGCAUGAAGGUGAAGGACGACUUCCCGAUCGCUGGAACGGAAUACGUCAGGACCUUUGCUGGCAGCAUCCAACGAUUGGACUGCUUCGACUGCUUUGUCAGCGAUCCAGAUCAGCAUGAACUUCUCUGCGUUUUGUUAAACCCGGAGAAGGGUCUGCGGCAAUUGACCCUCUCGAUGAAUUGUUCGGCCGACAACGCACUCCCAGAUGGCAUGUUCGAAGACUAUCACGCCCAAUGCGCCGGUGCCACGCUGGAGGUGAUCCAGUUAAAGCAACGUCCCUCUCUGCGCAGCGAGAUUCCCAAGAGGCCUAUUGCCGAGGGCUUGGGUGAACCGCUUCCUUCGGGCGAUGUCGUCGAAGCGGAUUGUGAAGGUGCGGCGGACGACUUGCUGAGCUCAACAACGGAUUAUCCCGCCCUGAAGCAAGUCAUGGUGUGCGACGACUUUGUGGUGCCGGAUCUAGAUCACGACGAUUCCGAUCUUCUUGCCUCUUAUGCCAAAGCGAAGAACAUUACGCAGAGCCUGGCUAUCGACGUACGCCAAAGGCUUCCGAUGCUUGCUCAAAGAAACGUUCUCUGCGUGGGGUCAGCAAGCGAGUGGGACGACUGGGGUAUCGAUAAAUAGGGAUUCCAAACAGCGCUUGCACAUUCGAUGGCCUAUUCGGAUUGGGACUACUAUGGUACAGUAUAUUGGCAUGUAGCAACGCUAUACUC